CUUUGAUCUGAGGGCACAUCCACCCAACAGAGCUGCGCCUCGUAAGGACCAACUCGCAGUCCUGGAGGCCAAGGGACAAUAGGUGUAUAGCAGCAGACUCUCCUCCAACCAAGAUGCACUCACAGACAGCUAACUCUAAGUUCGAUAAGAUCUUACUCCACAUGGGUCUGGCCAGCAUAACCCUGUUCUGCGGAGAUGAGGGCAAUCCAGCUGCUUGCUCACUCGUUUCCGGGUAAUGUAAUGUUUCCCAGCAAUCAGCGGUCAGAACCUAAGACUUUCACAGCUGUCAUGUUUGUGUCACCCACUCCAGUGUCUGGGUUGUACCCCAGCCUAUAGAUUGGUUGAUUCUGUCUUUAGGUCAUCAUGAUGCGAUCGAGCAUAGUGUCAAGCUUAUAUACUCUUUCUGCUGACCCGACCAUUCAAUAGGACCGUUGAGCAAAUUACAUCCAUUUCUCUGCAUUGCUUCUGGCCAUGCUUCAAGCUCUGAACCUCUACAACGUGACAUGCCAUAGAGCAAUUCGGCACAGUGCCUUCAAACGUGUCAAUUACCAAUUGCUCUUCACCGUCUCCCGAUACUCGACCAGUACCACAGCUCCCGUCCAUUCACGCAAGCUGGCCACCAUGUCGGACCACACGCACCAAUUCAUGAACACCUCCGGUGAGACGGACCCUGUCUGGGUUCGUCACAUGCCUUACUCCAAGUACCCGCACUUCCCUGCCCUCGAGGAGAACGUCGAGACCGACGUCUGCAUCGUCGGCGCCGGCAUCGCAGGCAUCUCCACCGCGUACGAACUGAUCAACCGUGGAAAACGGGUCACCAUGAUCGAAGCGCGCAAUGUGCUCUCCGGGGAAAGCGGCAGGACUAGCGGUCACCUGUCGAACGCGCUUGACGACGGGUACAUUGAGAUCCAGAAGAAGCAUGGCUUCGAAGGCGCCAAGGCUGCGGCCGACAGCCACACCUGGGCUAUCCAGCGCGUUGGGGAAAUAUCCAAGAACCUGGGCAUCGAUUGCGAGUACCGCACAUUGCCGGCGUACGAGAUUUCGCAAUACCCCCGCGGCGAUUCCAAACACGACAAAGAGAUCUCGGAGUUGAAGGAGGAGGUCGAAUUGGUCACAAAGCUGGGACUCAAUGCUUCGUACCACGAAGGCCUCGCCGUGAAGGGCUGGGACGGAGCGCCCGAUCAGCGCGAUGCCGCCGUCUUCAAUGGCCAGGCCACUUUCCAUCCGACGAAGUACUUCGUCGGCGUGCUGGAGUGGCUGCGCCAGCAGCCGAACUUCCAGUGCUUCACGCGCACCCGCAUGAUGUCGACCGAGGAGAGUGAUCUGGUCCAAGUGAAGACGUUCAACGGCUACACUAUCACUGCUACCGACGUGGUCCAGGCCACUUGCGUCCCGCUGCAGAAGCUGAGUGUUAUUGCGGAAAUGGAAUACAUGCGCACAUACUGCAUCGCCAUUCGCGUACCGAAGGGGGCGAUCGAGGACUGUCUCUUGUAUGAUGAGGCAGAGGCGUAUAAGUAUAUCCGAUUCACGGAAUGUGAUGAGAAGGACGAUUACUUGGUUGUCGGAGGCUGCGAUCACAAGGUCGGCCAGGAAAACACGGGAGGCCGUUUUGAGGAGCUCGAGACCUGGGUGCGGGAGCGUUUCACCAAGGCUGGCUCGGUCGACUACCGGUGGAGUGGUCAAAUCUACGAGCCUGUUGAUUACAUGGCAUUCAUCGGGAAGAACCAGGGCCAGCAUCACACCUAUGUCGUAACUGGUGACAGCGGAAACGGACUCACUCACGGUGUACUAGCAGGUAAACUGAUUGCGGACGAGAUCACGGGCGUGGAAAAUUCUUGGGCUCAACUGUAUAAUCCCAACCGUCUCAAGAGUAUCGGCAAGUCGAUGCCCAGCAUGCUCAAGCAUGAUAUCCAGAUUAAUGCCCAGUACAAGCGGUGGAUGCAGUCCGAUAUCAAGGACAUCGAGGAUCUCGCGCCUUGCACCGGUGGUGUGAUGAAGGAGAACCCGGCCAAACCGAUUGCCGUGUAUAAAGAUGACCAGGGCAAGGCCCAUAAAUUCAGCGCCAUCUGCCCUCACAUGAAGGCCGUACUGAGCUGGAAUGAUACCGAGAAGAGCUGGGAUUGCCCAGUCCAUGGCAGUCGGUUCAGCUGCGAUGGAGUGUGCAUCGAGGGGCCGGCCAAGGCCAACCUGACGCCCAUGGAUGAGUUCGCGAAGCGGGAGCAAAGAUCUCAAGAGGCCAUGUAAACGAUAGCAGAAUCUUCUUGUGUCUUUUAUAAUGUAUGUAAUUGUUUAAAUUUAGUACCACG